CUUAUUACAGUUUUGCCAUUUAGCUACCACUCUCACAACAGGUCCCUGUAUCGAAACCAAGCUCUGAUAAAGUUGUUUUUCUAUUUUCGAUAUUUUGUACUACACGCGUCAUUACAUCUCUUGCUACUAUUGGACGAUCUCGUUAAAUGUAGACCGUUAUUCCACAUGUUCUUUGGAUGCCAAUUCUCCUUUCGUUAAUAAUGUCUCCACUGCUUAAUUUUAACGCUAUUUCGUACUCCACGCAUCAUUGCAUCUCUCGCUAAUAUUGAACGAUAUUGUUGAAUGUUGACAUUUAUCCUACAUGUUUUUUGGAUGUCAAUUCUCCUUUCGUUAAUAAUGUCUCCACUACUUUUAACGCUAUUUUGUACUCCACAUGUCAUUGCAUCUUUGGUUAAUGUUGAAUGUUAUCGUUAAUGUUAACCGUUAUUCCACAUGUUUGUUGGAUGUCAAUUCUCCUUUUUGUUAAUAACGUCUCCACUGCUUUUAACAUAAUUGUUGAAGAUCACAGAUGGCACGUCAAAGACGACAAACGAGCUCAGAGAAAAUCGAGAAACCCAGUGCUGGUGCCACGUAUAAUGAUCUAUUUAUACACACGAUACAUAGAUUUACACGUGGAGAAUAUACGAUAAGAGACAAACACUUGGAACAUAGAUACAAAGAAGGAAUAAAGACUUUAAUUCCUUAUUCUUCCUGUAUAUAAAAGGAAGGUUUUUGCUGCUAGGAUACACGAACAAGUGUCACGUGUCCAAAGUUCCAUAAAUACCCCUACAGUUUUCCAUAUUAUUACAGUUUUUCCAUUUAGCUACCACUCUCACAACAGGUCCCUGGAUCGAAACCAAGCUCUGAUACAGUUGUUUUUCUAUUUUCGACAUUUUGUACUCCACGCAUCAUUAGAUAUCUUGCUAAUAUUGAACGAUAUCGUUAAAUGUAGACCAUUAUUCCACAUGUUCUUUGGAUGUCAAUUCUCUUUUCGUUAAUAAUGUCUCCACUGCUUUUAACGUUAUUUCGUACUCCACGCGUCAUUGCAUCUCUCGCUAAUAUUGAACGAUAUUGUUAAAUGUUGACAUUUAUCCUACAUGUUUUUUGGAUGUCAAUUCUCUUUUCGUUAAUAAUGUCUCCACUACUUUUAAUGUUAUUUCGUACUCCACGUGUCAUUGCAUCUCUGGUUAAUAUUGACCGAUAUUCCACAUGUUUGUUGGAUGUCCAUUCUCCUUUUUGUUAAUAACGUCUCCACUGCUUUUAACGCAACUACACUAUCAGACACCAAAUACGAGGGAGCUUGUCGAAGAUCACAGAUGGCACGUCAAAGACGACAAACGAGCUCAGAGAAAAUCGAGAAACCAGGUGAUGGUGCCACGUAUGAUGAUGAAUUUAUACACACGAUACCUAGAUUUACACCUGGAAAAUAUACGAUAGGAGGCAAACACUUCGAACAUAAAUACAAAGAAGGAAUAAAAACUUUAAUUCCUUCUUCUUCUGCAUAUAAAAGGAAGGUUUGUGCUGCUACGAUAUAGGAACAGGUGACACGUGUCCAAAGUUCCAUUAAUACCCCUACAGUUUUCCAUCUUAUUACAGUUUUGCCAUUUAUCUACCACUCUCACAACCGGUCCCUAGAUCGAAACCAAGCUCUAAUACAGUUGUUUUUCUUUUUUUCGAUAUUUUGUACUUCACGCGUCAUUACAUCUCUUGCUAAUAUUGAACGAUAUCGUUAAAUGUAGACCGUUAUUCCACAUGUUCUUUGGAUGUCAAUUCUCCUUUCGUUAAUAAUGUAUCCGCUGCUUUUAACGCUAUUUCAUACUCCACCCAUCAUUGCAUCUCUCACUAAUAUUAAACGAUAUUGUUAAAUGUUGAUAUUUAUCCUACAUGUUUUUUGGAUGUCAAUUCUCCUUUCGUUAAUAAUCUCUCCACUGCUUUUAACGCUAUUUUGUACUCCACGUGUCAUUGCAUCUCUGGUCAAUGUCGAACGUUAUCGUUAAUAAUGACCGUUAUUCCACAUGUUCGUUAGAUGUCAAUUCUCAUUUUUGUUAAUAACGCCUCCACUGCUUUUAACGCAACUACACCGUAUCAGACACCAAAUACGAGGGAGCUUGUCGAAGAUCACAGAUGGCACAUCAAAGACGACAAACGAGCUCAAAGGAAAUCGACCCGGUUGUGGUGCCACGUAUGAUGAUCAAUUUAUACACACGGUACACAGAUUUACACCUGGAAAAUAUACGAUAAGAGACAAACAGUUGGAACAUAAAUACAAAGAAGGAAUAAAGACUUUAAUUCCUUAUUCUUCCUAUACAUAAAAGGAAGGUUUUUGCUGCUAGGAUACAGGAACAGGUGACACGUGCCCAAAUUUCCAUUACUACCCCUACAGUUUUCCAUCUUAUUACAGUUUUGCCAUUUAGCUACCACUCUCACAAUCCAGCUUGCAUGUCGCCAUCUCUUGCACGAUCUGCCAUCAUCCACAACCCACAGGUCUCUCUCUUAUCUUCUCUUCAUAGCCCACAAGUCCAAGCACAAAAAGAAAAUACAGAGAAUCAACCAUCUUAAUGGAACACGCAUCUGCAGCUCCUAAGACUGAACGAGAAAACCGAAACAAAGAAGAGAAAAAUUAGAAUAGAUCACAUGCCACAAUCGAAUCAGAGAAAACCGUAUAUGUCUCUAGAGAGAUCAUCAAUGAAUCCCGUUAUAGCUCGACAACACCAAAACUCAAACCAACAAGAAACAUAAAAUCAUAAAAUAAUGCGAAAAAUAAAAAUAAGGGCUAAUACCACUAGGAAACCCGAACUAUUAACUUUGUGUCAUUUGUGUCCUAAAGUAUUCGAUAUGACAUUUGUGUCCUAAACUAUUUUUCUGUUAGAUAUGACUGGCGUUGGCCGUUAGUUUUUAACAGAAAGUCUAGUCAGCGCUUAUGUGGCAUCUGAUGUGAAAUUUAUAAUAUUAAUUUAUAAUUAUUUUCGAAUAUGGAAUUUUUAAUAUUAAUUUUUUUUAUUUUUCAUCUUAAAUUAUUAAAAGAAAAUAAAAAAAUUACAAAAUCCCCAAAUCAACUCCGUCGAUUCCACUCCUAAACCUCCGUUGCACUUCUCCUCUGCCGCUGCAGUCUUGCCCUUCUACACUUUUCCGAUCAAUGAAACAAAAUUCCGGGCUACUGCUACUGCUUUGCCGAGUCCACUUGCAGAAGGAUAUGCUCCCCCUAUGCUCUCCAAGCCGUCCCCACCAGACACCCUCCUUCUCCUACCUCUGGGCAUCGCAAUUUUAGGGCAAAUACCCACUCGUCUCUUACUCUUCCGACAGCUGAGGAGUGGGAACGGGGCUUUCUAUUCAGUAAACGCAUAUGGUGACGCGCAGCGGCUAUGCAAAUGAGCGGGAAGGUGCGGCGGCUGGAGAUCUGCCAAGAUUCAUCGAAACUGCCGCCCUCUCGCCCAUUUCGUCGAUUUCUUCCUUGAAACACUCCGAUUCUGGUAGUAUUUGGCUACCUCUCUCAGUUUCACGCUAUGUACGAGGGGUCGCACUGGUCGGCGAUUGAUUGUUUUCAUCGUUCUCCAGAUCUCUCGCUGCUCCAGAUCUGCUCCAAACCUCUCAAUCUCUCUGCCAUCAUCGUUGGGUCUCGCCGAGCAACAGGGGAUUGCGACAUAAGUCGCUUGUGGUCGGUGAUAGAGGGGAAGUCGCCCGCCGGCUCCAAAUCUACGCUCCCAAGUUUGUAUUGUAGUGGAAGGGUCGGAAUUGACACUGGGAUUCAAAUCAAAUUGAAGGGUCGGAAGAUUGUUGAUUUCGUCUGCGAGAGUUCAUUGAAUCAUACUAGGGAUUGAAUUUGAGUUGUGAAAUUUUGGCCUCGAUUGACUUGAAUUGAAAGUUUGAUUUUACCUAUUUUGUUCUUCGACUCCGAACGGCGUCGAUGGCAAUGAAGAAGUUCCGAACAACAACGAGUCUUCUUCCUCUACGACGUCGUUGUAUUCAAUGGUUGUGCCCAAACCGAUGGAGGGACUGAACGACUCUGGUCCUCCCCAUUUCCUGAAGAAGACUCACGUCGAUUGGAGCUGGGAGCUCUGUUAGAGAAGAAGAAGUCGACGAGAAGGAAGGGAUUCACGUCGAUUGAAGCUGGAGCUCUGCCGGAGAAGAAGAAGAAGAAGUCGACGAGAAGGAAGGGAUUCACGUCGAUUGGAGCUGGAGCUCUGCCGGAACAGAUUUUCUAUUUUAAGUUUUCUUCGUAUUUUGUAUUUUAAUUGUUAAUUUUAAUUUAAAAAUAACAACCUGAUGUGGCAGCUGACGUGGCGCAUACAUGGUUGACACAUAUGUGCCAUGUAACCAACCGUCAACAUUUUAUGGUUGACCGUUAUCUAUAACGGUCAAGAAAAUUGUUAGGACGUAAAUGACACAAAACUACCUAACGUUCGGACACAAUUGUCAUAUUGGAUACUUUAUGACACAAAUGGCACAAAGUUAAUAGUUCGGGUUUCCCAGUGGUAUUAACUCACUAAAUUCGGAAUAGUAGGCUUGCCGCUUGACCCAGUUGAUAAAGUAAGGCUUAUUCU